GCAAUUUUAUUCCUUGUAUCUCAGUCUUCCGGAUCGCGUCAAACUUUCUUCCAGGAUUUUGGCCAAUUUCUCCGUCUGAUAGGAUAUGAGUUCACAGAAAGGUAACACUCAGCGCACAAGACCUCAGAAAUAUAAGAAUACUAAGGCUUUUAAAAACAACUUGCAUGAUACGUCUAAAGAAGUCAAACGUCUCAACAAUCUGACGUUCGACUUUUUGUGUCCUAGAUGUACAGGUGUUGUGCAAUGGAGAGUCAAAUACAAAAAGUAUCAUCAAUUAGCAAACCCUAGAGUUUGGUAAGCUGGCUAACAUUUUUAUAUAUAAACGGUAUAUCGUUGCCUGAUAACGUUGUUUAUCAGAAGGAAAACUUCCAAAAAACCAUCCUUUAUAUCACGUUAAGUUACUCUGUUCAUUAUUGAGUAUCAGGAAAUUUUUUGUAAUUCGUAUUUAUAAAUAUGCUUACAUGUAAACCGAUUUUUGAAAUUGUAACUUCAAAAAUCGUUUCCCUUAUGAUAAACACACUAAUAUUAGUUUUCAUUUGCCCCAGUUAUUUAUUCUCAUUCAUAUCCUCGUAUUCUAAGGUUCACCGUCAAGGUAAAUUUAUUACGUACAAUUAUUUCUUUUGAGUCUGAAUACUUACUCUGCAUGUACUGAUUUGCUUUUCGUAUUUUUAUUUUACAUCUGGGAAGAGUAUUUUUCACUGUUGCAAAUGCUUUUCUACAGAACUUUAUUCAGUCAACUGUUAAAAACGUGUUCAUCAGAUAAGAUGUAUCUGAUAAAAUUAGAACAGCUCAAAGCUCAGGAAGCUCAUGACUCGUUCAAAUAGAAUAUCACUAAUCAUAGUACGAUGAAGUUUGCAUCUUACAUACUAUCUUCUUUAAAUGGUUCUCCAAAUUUAUCAAAUGGAAAGACUAAUUAGGUACAGUAUAAUUAUAAAUAAUUGGUUGCUUCAGUUUUUUAGUCGAUUGAUAUCUAGUUCUAGUGCGAAAGUUUUGUAUACAGUAGUAAAGUCAGUUAUUUUCCCUAACUAGUUUUAUUUUCAGUUUUGGUGUACUCUAUGCAGUUAGGUUCUCUCAUAUAAAAUUGGAUCUCUUGAGGCGUUAUUUGGAAUAGUUGGUGGUUCUUCAGAUGAAAUAUCCAGUUUUAAGUUACUUUCUGUGCGUCUCUCAGAACACAUCAUUCUUUUAGGUCACUAACCUAAUAAGACUCGUCAGGAUAUUUGAGGCAAUGAACCUAUAAGUCAGGAGUUUGCGAAAAAUCAUGCUGUCUUGAGAAGUGCAUAAUGAUGGUUUAUGAAGAGGAAUUUGAGAAUUUAUGAGAAAAGCUAUUCAGAAAAUUUACUGUGAUUAAUAGUGUGGAGUUUGGUUUGACAAUAAAUUGUUUUGCACUGCUAUAAGGCUUCAUGAACAAUAAAAGCAGGUGGUGCCCUCAGAUAAAAAAAUAUGGAUAUAGUGUGAAGUGUAACGGGAAGACUGUAAAGCAAGCCUACCAUACAAUCUGUACAGAUUGUUCAAGUGCUUUGAAAAUCUGCUCUAAGUGUGGAAAAUCGGAUGAAUCGAUUACCUUCGGUGCUACAGAAAAUCAAGAAGAUAUUAACCAACAGUUUAUUGAUGCUUUGAAAAAUGUUCGUGAGAGAGAACGCCGUGCUCUUCUUCGUUUGACCCAGUCCAAUAAAAAACCAGUUGAGUCAGGUAAUAUUAACGCUGACGAGGAAUUUCAUCUAAACAGUCUGAAUAAGUUAAUUGUGAAGGAACUAUCGGAUAUCAAAUUUGAUGAGGACAAAUAUGAAUCAGAUGAUUAUAAAUCCAGUUAGCGGGAUCUCAUUAAAAUGUACUUGUAAAUUUCAUAAAGCAGAUUAUUUCCAAACCA